CAGGUGAGGGCGGCGUGCCGUGGGCACAGCUCCCCGCUUAUUGUUGUAACUUUUCGGGGUGGGGUUUUCUGUUGCUGCUCUGUGCGCACAACCCUCCUCUCAUCCGGUAUUUAUUGUUUUUCGGACCAGACUCGCUUUCUCCCCUUCCCCCGCCUCUCCCCAGGGAACUGUCGGCGCGGAGCGGGGAGGGGAGGCGCGGCGGCCGCCUCGCUGUGGGGGCGAUGCCCCCGCCUGCCUUGGCGCCUCCCCGUGCCGGCCCCGCCGCCUUCCCUUUGUGCCACCGGGCCCGGCGCGACGCCUGUCCCGGGAGCCGGCGCCCCGCGGCUCCCCGCGGAGGGAGGUAAGGGAGGCUGCCGCCCCGCUUCCCGGCAGCCAUGCGGACCAUGAGACCGCAGCUCGCCUCCCUCCUCCUGCUCGGCAUGGCCUUGGCCCAGCGGCAAGUGACUGUGCAGGAAGGGCCCCUUUACCGCACGGAGGGUUCCCACGUCACGCUGUGGUGCAAGGUGAGCGGCUACCAGGGCCCGUCGGAGCAGAACUUCCAGUGGUCCAUCUACCUGCCCUCGGCCCCCGAGCGGGAGGUGCAGAUCGUCAGCACCGUCGACCCGUCCUUCCCCUAUGCCAUCUACACACAGCGAGUGCGCAGCCGCGGGAUCUACGUGGAGAGGGUACAGGGGGACGCCGUCCUGCUGCACAUCACUGACCUGCAGGACCGGGAUGCUGGCGAGUACGAGUGCCACACACCCAACACUGACGAGAGGUACUUUGGGAGCUACAGCGCCAAGAUGAACCUUGUGGUGAUUCCCGACUCGCUGCGAGUGACAGCGGUCUCACAGACACUGAACAAAGUUGAGCAUGACUCCCUGGAGCUGAAGUGUGAGGUGUCUAAGAGCACAGCCCAGCACAGCCACAUCUCCAUUGCCUGGUACCGGCAGCGCAGCAGCGAGGUGCCUGUUGAGGUCAUCUCCCUUAGCCGUGACUUCGUCCUGCGGGCUGGCAGUGCCUAUGCCCAGCGGCAUGCUACAGGGGACAUUCGCUUGGACAAAGUUGGGGAGACCACCUCAAAGCUCACCAUCUACAACCUCCAUCCUUCGGAUCAGGGCGAGUUUUACUGUGAGGCAGCAGAGUGGAUCCAGGACCCUGACAGGUCUUGGUAUGCCAUGACCCGCAAGCGUUCCCAGGGUGCCAUCGUCAACGUGCAAGCCACCGAUAAGGAGUUCAGUGUCCGGCUGGAGACAGAGAAGCGGACAUACAUCGUGGGUGAGCCGGUGGAGUUUCGGUGCAUCCUGGAGGCGCAGAAUGUCCCUGACCGCUACUUCUCCAUCUCCUGGGCUUUCAACAGCUCCCUCAUUGCCAGCCUGGGACCCAACGCUGUGCCAGUGCUCAACAAUGAGUUUGCCCAGCGCGAGGCCCUGGGCCAGCUCAAGGUAGCCAAAGAAAGUGACAGUGUUUUCGUGCUGAAGAUCUACCGCCUCCGCCUUGAGGACAGUGGCAAGUACAAUUGCCGGGUCACCGAGCGGGAGAAGACCGUCACAGGGGACUUCAUCGACAAGGAGAGCAAGCGGCCAAAGAACAUCCCCAUCACCGUCCUGCCGCUCAAGACCAGCAUCUCCUUGGAGAUUAUCAACAACGCCAGCAAUGUCUUGGAGGGGGAGAGCCUGCGCUUUGGCUGCAAUGUGCGCUCGGGCUUUGGGCCCCAAAGCCGCCUGUCUGUUGCCUGGCACCUGGUGGACAAGCUGAACCGGCGCAGUGAAAUCGUGCGUCUGGAUCGGGAGGGCACGCUGCAGCCAGGCCCCUCGUACACCGAGCGCAGCAGCUAUGGGGGCAUCCAAGUGGAGCAGGUCCGGCCUGGCUCCUUCACGCUGGAGAUCUUCAACAGCAUCAAGGCGGACGAGGGCCACUAUGAGUGCCGGGUGAUGGAGUGGACACGGACUCUGGAUGGGGAGUGGCAGAUGGUUGGGGAGCGGCACACAGGCACCCCGGUAUCCAUCACUGCUCUGGAGGCCGGCUUUGCUGUCACAGCCAUCUCCCGCACCCCUGGUGUGACCUACAAUGAAUCUUUCGACCUCCAGUGCAUCAUCAAGCCCCACUACCCGUCGUGGGUACCGGUGUCUGUGACGUGGCGCUUCCAGCCUGCGGGCAGCACCGAGUUUCAUGACCUGGUCACCUUCACUCGUGACGGCGGGGUCCAGUGGGGUGAUGGGUACGUUGGUUUCCGGACCCGCACUGCCAUCGAGAAAGCCGAGUCCAGCAACAACGUGCGCUUGAGCAUCAGCAGGGCGAGCGACACAGAAGCCGGCAAGUACCAGUGUGUGGCUGAGCUCUGGAGGAAGAACUACAACAGCAGCUGGACGCGGCUGGCAGACAGAACCUCCAACCUGCUGGAAAUCAGGGUCCUGCGGCCAGUGACCAAGCUGCAGGUGAGCAAGUCAAAGCGGAGCAUCACUCUGGUGGAGAACCGUCCCAUCCCACUCAACUGCUCAGUGAAGUCCCAGACCAGCCCUGACUCACACUUUGCUGUGCUGUGGUAUGUCCACAAGCCCUCCGACGCUGAUGGCAAGCUCAUCCUGAAGACCACCCAUAGCUCAACCUUUGAGUAUGGCACCUAUGCAGAGGAGGAGGGGCUGCGGGGCCGGCUGCAGUUCGAGCGCUCAGCAUCAGGAGGGCUCUUCAGCCUGACAGUGCAGCGAGCAGAGGUCCGAGACAGCGGCAGCUACUACUGCCACGUGGAGGAGUGGCUGCUCAGCCCCAACCAUGCCUGGUACAAGCUGGCAGAGGAGGUGUCAGGGCGGACAGAGGUCACCGUCAAGCAGCCAGAUAACCGCCUGCAGGUGAACCAGACCCACAAGAACAUCACAGUGCUGGAGAACCAGUGGGUGACCCUGGAGUGCGUGGUCAGCAACCGGACCAGCCCCUCAUCCCAGCUCUCAGUUGAGUGGUACGUGUGGCGGCCAGGCCACCCGGAGAAGGAGGUGGUGGCCCGGCUGAGCCGGCAGAGCAUCCUGCGCUACGGGGACCUGGUGGCACUGGGCAACCUGCGGAGCCGGCUGCACCUGGAGAGCCCGUCCCCAGGUGUCUACCUCCUCUCCAUCCAAAAUGCCACCGUGCAGGACAGCGGAGCCUAUGACUGCCGUGUGGAGGAGUGGCUCCUUGACCCCAGCGACCGCUGGUACAAGCGGGCAGAGGACCUCUCUGGACUCAUCACUCUUACUGUCAAGCAGCCAGAUCCCACCUUGCAGGUGGAAACAGCUACUGCUAACCUCACGGUGCAGGAGAAGGAGUCCUUCCCACUGGACUGCAGUAUCCUGUCCCGCUCCAGCCCAGAGUCCCAUUUCGCAGUGACAUGGUACAACAUGCAGGCUAAAGAGGCUGGUGGCCAGACAGAGGAGGACGAGGAGCAGGAGAGGGAAGCAGUGCUGACCGUGGGCCCUGAUGCCAUCUUCAGCACUGAGGCCAGUCGCUGGGAGGGGCGCCUGCGCUUCCAGAGGCUCUCGGCAGUGCUUUUCCGGCUGACAGUGCUGCAAGCCAGCGGAGCCGACACGGGGAACUACUCGUGCCGUGUGGAGGAAUGGCUGGCCAACCCCAGCGGCGUGUGGUACCGGCUGGCAGAGGAAGAGUCGAGCACGGUUGCUGUUCAUGUGCAGGAUGCAGGCUCCAGCCUGCAGUCUGUCAUCUGCUCCAACGACGCACUCUUCUACUUUGUGUUCUUCUACCCCUUCCCCAUCUUUGGCAUCUUGAUCAUCACCAUCCUCCUGGUGCGGUUCAAGAGCCGGAACUCUAGCAAGAACUCUGAGGGCAAGAAUGGGGUCCCCUUGCUGUGGAUCAAAGAGCCUCACCUUAACUACUCUCCCACCUGCCUAGAGCCACCAGUCCUCAGUAUCCACCCAGGAACCAUGGAUUAAACAGGCAGAGGCACCCAGGGGGACAGGCAGAGAGAGAAGCAGAGACACACCAGGAACCCUAAGGAACAGAGUGGGUUUUGUUGUUGUUUCAUUUGUUUCAGUGUCUGUGCUCUGACGUGGCGGCUGAGUUCUGUGGAGCACCCAGCCAGCAGGGACAGGAAGGUCCGAGGCUUCUUCCAGCACCAGUGGAGAACAUACCACCUCAUCCUGAUGGACUGAGUGUUGCUGCUCUUGAUGUACAUAGCAGAUGUUCCUCUCGGAUUAAUUUUGUUCCCAUCAGUUGCUGUCUUUUUGGCCGUAACUAUUUUGUCAUUUCUUUUUUGGUCACUGAAAGAACUGUAGGCUUCCCCUGCCUUCCACACAGCGAGGAGUUCCAAGGGGGCAUUUGGUCCUGGGACGAUCUCUUUGGAAGUAAAUGUUUAUGUUUUCUAAGACAGCCUGCUUUUCCUUCUCAGACUUGGUGCCACAGUGAAGAAGGUCUUUUCCCAAGGUGUGCUGAGCUAGCUCCUCUUUCUAAAAUAGAUAAAGCCAGGUCCACCUAUGGAGGGGUUAGCUGAGCUAUCAAGAUGUCUAUCUCAAAGACUGGCUGUAGUCUCAGUAUCUUGUUGCCUCCAUCUACUGUUCUCUCAGGAGGGAGCAGUUCACCUUCUGCAGUGUUUCCAUGCCUUGGAGAGACUGAAUAUUGAGCACAUUAGUGGUCAGGACAAAAGCAAUUUAGUUUGUCCCCAGGAACUGAAGAGAGGGAUGGAAGGAGGACACCUGAAAGCUCUGACUUUGUUGGUAGCAAAGAAGGUCCUUGUACAGUCCAGCUUACCAGAGUUGUGCUCCUCCCUGGUGUCCAUGCUGCAACCUCUGAUGAGGCGGGUCCCCUCUGUGCCCCAGUCGCCUGGGGACGAGUGGCUGGAUCCAGUCUCUGAAGACUUCAAUAUGACCAAAGUAAUGACUCUAGGAAGGGGAAAGGAAAAGCUCCACUGGUUGGGUUCACAGCCCCUGGAUGGCUCCAGCCAAGGAGCCCAGCUGCAGCCAUGCUGUGCAGCGGGGACAUGCAAUUAACCACCGUGUGUCAUGAGUUUCCCUGUGGCUUGCACUGCUUUCUGGUGUGAGCUUGGACAGGGCAAGGAGCCUGCACCACACUGGCACCCUGGGGGCUUCCUUGUCCCCUUGAGCUGAGAGAAAUCUUCCCUGUGUGUGCACCUGCAUCUGCCAUUUUGAGUUUCUGGGGCUUGAGAAGGAGAAACCAUUUCUCCAUCAGCUCCCCAUCCUGGCAGUCAUCUGCUCUUGUAGGCAGUCGCUGUGGCAGGAAAUGCUGUUCUUUCUGUGAAAGAUAUGGCUGUCAUGAACCAAACCAGGGCUCUCGCCACGUGGGGCACCUGAGCUCCCAUGUACCACUUAAUGCCAAGUACCCCUGCCCUGUCCUGUGGGGGAAUCCGCCUCCUCCCUUAUACGCCCUAAGUGUUAGUCUGGCGGAAGAAGAAGUUUGCCAAAAAUGGCCUUUUGUUGUCUUCCUCGAUGUCUUCCUGGCAAAUCCAGCCAUUUGUAUUUUGCAGCAUGGCUGAAGCCAACCGGGAUGGAUGGGCACAGCCACAAGACUCCCUACACCUCACGUGUGAGAGGUGCCAUACCCACAGCCGUUGUCCUCUUCAGGAGUGUUGGACUGCUGUUUCUGAAGAGAUGAGGACCUCAGCAGAUGCUCUGUAGCACUAGUUGGUUAGACCCUGAUGCCUUGAUGUUUCAGAGGUGGUGAAGCCUCAGGUGGAAGAUCUGCGAUGCAUAUCCUCUCAUCCAACUGGGAGAGGACCCAUGUGGCCGUAGACUCUUCCAUGCGAGGGCGUUUGAAGUCAGACACCUCUGCUCUUCCACUAGAACAACAUUGGUUUCUUCUUCCACUGGGAAGCCCAGAUUUCACUCAUCCUUCUGCAAAGUUUGCCUCCUCAAGAUGUAACUGCUUACUGACCCCAGCAUAUGCAUAGUAUCACACUCCUAUAUAUAUAGACACACGUAUCACACACCUGCACUCUUGCCUUCCCUUUCUGGUUAUGACAUCUGCAAAGAGAGGAGUGGGAUGAGAAGUGAAUGGAAAUGAAGAACCAAGGAGCGAACAGCAGCAGCUGAAGACAGUGGGUAUUGUUUUGUAAAUGUAGUGUCUCCUGUACCUACUGCUCCAGGGCAGGAACUGCAAUUCACUUCAGCUUUAAAGGAAGGAAGAAGAAAAAAUGAAGUCAGCAGGAGCUGUUCUUCCCUGGGAGAGCACUGUGCUGCAUCCGAGCCAUGCUCCUCAUCAGCCUGUCUGUCCUGGAGCAGGGCUCUCCUGGAGAGCUCUCCAUGGCCCUAUGCCACUGGCUGGAUUGGGUCCCUUCCCAGCCCUGAGGUUCCUGCACUGAGCCCAGGCUUUCCUGGGCUUCCAGGUGGUCCCUGAAUGUACCUUGCCGGUGGCAUUUCUCCAUUGCUCUGGCAGAUGCUGCCCAGUCUCAAACUUGUUUUUAUAAGGCAGACUCUUCCUGUAAUGAGUUUUAACAUGAAGCUUUUCAAACCACUCUCUCUGCUGUAACUUCCUGUAACAAAGCCAAGAAGAAAGAGAGAUCCUCUAUCCAUGCAUGAUGUGGAAGAAUAUUUGGGAUUUUUUUUAAAAAAACAGACGUUUAACAAAAACUUUGUACUAUGUUGCACUAAAACAUGUUUUAUACAACACACCGGAGAGCUGUAGUAAACUGUGUUGAAAUUGUGAA